AAACCACGACUGCUGUACUCGUCGAAGAGAUUCGGUGCUUUGGUCGAGGAUACGAUGCUGGCAAGAGACAGCUUGUUAGGUUGCAUUGGGUCGGCCAUGGCCACGCUCAACGAUGUGGCCAGCACAAAGAUGCUGAUACAAAAAAGUGACAAGUCACUGAAGGAGAACAAGACGCGUGAACGUGAACUGAGAUGA